AUGGCAGAGGGUCUCGGUCAAGUGAUAUCGUGGUAUAUCUGCACCGUGGUCGCCUGUCUCUUCCUGGCCGCCCGGUUGUGGAUCCGAUUUCGAAAGUUUGGGUCACUGGCGGUCGACGACGGACUCAUUAUACUGGCGACAUGUUGUCUCAUCGGGGACUUGGUUAUACAGCAGCAUAUGUGGAAUCUGGGGAUGGCUGAGAUUCCAAAGGCGAGCAGGGAGAACUUUAUACAGAUUAUGAAGAUGAUUGUUCCCGGAUCGAUCCUUUACGUGUCUUCGCUAUGGGCCAUCAAGAUCGCCCUCGUGCUCUUCUACAAGCGACUCGCAGCGCCAGGAACGAAACUACAGAUUAUUUACAAUGUCGCGCUCGGCCUUUUGGUCGUGUUCUGGACCGUCAUCUUCUUUCACAUUAUCUUUCAGUGCUUCCCGCACGACAAGAGAUGGUCGCAAGAUCCCGAUUAUCAGUGCGAUCCGCACAACGCUGAGAUCAACUACUGGUUGACUAUUAUCCUGAAUAUCGGCACUGAUGUUGCCAUCAUCAGUCUGCCGAUUUCCAUGGUUCUCCAGCUUCAAAUGAAGAUGAAGCAAAAGCUUGGUGUUGCAGCCAUCUUUGCGCUCGGCUUCUUUGUCGUGAUCGCAAGCAUCAUUCGAGCAUAUUAUUCGAAACGAAACGAGACCAUGUUGACGUGCACUGUCUCCAUGAUUGAGACCGCUGUCGCAAUCAUCGCCACAUGCCUUCCACCGCUUCGCACCCUUCUCCUUGGACACAUGUCUUCCGCCGGAACCGGCUCCAACUACGGUCAUUACGAACUCUCAUCAGCGGGCGCAAACCGCAGUAGACGAACACAACAAAGCCGCAUCACGACCAAUGUCGUCGGGGGAACGAGUAACCGAGACAACGACUCGCAGGAUGAGCUGGUCAAGGAAACGACGGGUCGACCGAUCGAUAGGGCAGACAAGGCAGGAAUCACGGUCAACACGACGAUCCAGAUGCAUCAUGGAAGGGAUGAAAAUAGGACAUCGCGGGUGGAGCCUGGGGAUUUCGCCUAG